AGGACCCGCCUCUAGCUCCUGUAGUCGUCAUUCAGCACAAUAUAAAGAUAAACGUGGCUCUCCAUCUUCAUAGUCACACUCACAGCUGACAACUAGGUGAAAAAAUGCAUCAUGAUAUACAAUUACGAAGCUUCCAUCCCCGUCUGCGCUUUAAAAUUUCGCGAAUUGAAAGUGAUCUCCACAGAGUUGUGAACGUCAUCACGUCAUGUGCGCUUCCACGCUCGUUUGUUUCAUGAUUCAGUUCUCGCUUGCGCUUGUCCUGGAUGUUUUUACAGGUCUAGUUCCUUUUCUCAGACUAAACCUUGGAGCUCCUUCCGGCAGACAACUGCAUUAGCACCAGGCACCAGCUCUUUCUUCUAACAACCACAUGGGACCUCGUUUGGAGUCACCACAGGAACAAGACGCUCUCCCCCUAGAAGCCGGCGUUCUCCGCUAGGACGUGUAGUGCGAUUGUUUGUGAAAUAACCCUCGCACCCUAUCCCCUCUUCUGCGUCGUCGUGUUCCAAUAUUACGGAUACCUCCAGCACAAUUAUGGAGGGCGCCACGAGCAGGACGAUGAUUUCGCGCAACCUGACUUCCACCUACAUGAAGUACCGGGCGGACCACAAACAGAAGAAGAACCGGUUCGCCGGAAGUUUCCUGACGGAAAAUUCCUCCGCAAGACUACUGUCCAACCAGGUGCAGAGCGGCGGAUCGUCGUCUUCCUCCUCGUACCGGGGGGACAUUGAGCUGGACGUGCUCCCACCCCAGUGGAUGGACAUCGUCGGCGAAACCCAGGACAACAUCAUAAAAAUCAAGGACAAACUGACCAAAUUGCAGCAGGCCCAACAGAAGCGGUUACGACAGGUAAGAGUGGAUUUUUCUCUAGUAGCGAAAAAACCCUCGUCUGUGAAGAUGAAACCAAAAAUGUGAUAAAGACAUGUGGGACGACAGGUGUUGAAAAACGCACUCGAAAACAGGUUUUCGCACCCGAUAGCGACGUGCCAGACAAGGACAUCGAGGUGAUAUCAACGCAGAUAAGUAGUCUGUUCAAAACAUGCGAGGAAUUGAUCCGGCGAAUUCAAACGCAAGGGGCAGACAUGGGUACUUAAGUGAAACGCAGACGGAUCGCUUUUGUAUGUGAAAUUGGCCAUUGCUAGCUGUGUACGUAUGCAGUAUCUACUAAGAUAGACCCAAAGCAGGUCAUGGACCGCAGUUCGAAUGUCUGCAGCUCUUGACAGCAGCGCUCUACGGAAGAGGAUUCUGCUCCACUACAACUUCAUCAACACAACUACACCACAUCAGGUAUGACGAACAAGGAGUACGUUCUUCGACAGAACGCACAGCGGAACCUGGCGACGCAGCUCCAGCAGCUGUCACAGGAAUUUCGCUUGUUCCAGAAAUCCUACGUCGCAGGCUUGAAGGGCCGCGGGAACGACAUGAUAUGGGAUGACAUAGGGUAUGAAACUUAGUCUUACACUCUUCUAAGUAGACGCUCGACGCAACAUUGAGUGUUUCUCACGGUGUAGAUGUCCUUCCAUGUGUCAUUGCGUCCGUAGUGACGGUUAUCAACUUUGGGAGAGAUAAUAACUACGAAACUAAACAAAAACGAUCAGUGAGCCCGCCGCUGGUGGCAGUUCGCGGUCGCAGCUUUCCGACGCCCAACUGCUGCAAUUGGAAGAAGUCGAGUUUAACGUCGCCCAUCGAAACGAGGAAAUCAAGAAGAUCGCGCAAUCCAUCCAGGAGCUGCACACGUUGUUCAAGGAACUCGCCGUGCUGGUGAUCUAUAAAUUGCAAUAAAAGUAUCGUACUAGUACGUACGAAUCGCAUGAUGAUAAACUCCGUCAUCUUGCAAAUUGGAAUUUCUAAUGCUGUUUUAGCUCAGGAAGGUGACGGCGGUUUGUCAUGCAUAAUUGCGAUUACAACUACCCUACGAGUGCGGUACUUUUGCAAUGCAUAUGAUCGAUCAGGGAACGAUGCUCGACAGAAUCGACUACAACGUGGAGCAGGUGGUCAACCAGUCCCGGGAAGCCAACGUGCAAUUGGUCAAGGCGGAAAAGGCGCACAAGUCCGCCCGGGCGACCAAGUGCAUCAUCUUCUUCGUCGUGGCCAUUUGCAUCGAGGUUUUAUUGUUGAUGGUCAAGUGGGGCUGA